AUGGAAGAAAAUAGAGAAGGCCAUGGCCUUGCAGAAGGCAAGAUUUUGUCUAUCUGGAUAAUUUUGUUUGUGGCAUUAGUUUUGUUGCCUUCGAUAUUUCGAGUGUCACUGGGGAUUUCUCAUUUCUAUGUGAAAAUUUUAAUUAAAAUGUUAGAGUGGGCCACCCUGCAGAUUGAGGAGGGAGUAAAAAAGCAGAAGGCGAUGGCACUUGAAAAUUUAAUCUCCACUGGCUCAUUUCCUCAUGCAGGGAUCAUCCAGAGAGAUGAGACCCCCAUGGAAGAGGAGGUUGUUGGCCAGUGCCAAGGAUGUUUCAGCCUUGCUGAUGUCAUGUACUUCUCCAAGAAGGGCUGUGAGGCAGUUGCAGAAGAUGAAGUCACACACAGGUUCUCCUCCGAGGAGCUGCUGUCCUGGAAUCUCCUCAGCAGAACCAAUGCCAACCUGCACCAUGUCAGCUGGAAACUGGCUGCUGUGUGGGUCACUGGCAUCCUAAUUCGGUAUUGCCUCCUGCUGCCUUUCCGCAUCUGUUUGUCUGUUUUCAGCAUCCUGUUGCUGGUGUUGGCCACUACAGUAGUAGGACGGAUUCCAAAUGGCAGAGUUAAAGGCUGGCUGAGCAACCAGGUCCAGAUGAUAUGUGCCACCUUAGGUGUCCGAUGUCUGAGUGGCCUUGUUCAUUUCCACAACAGGGAAAACAAACCACAGGAAGGAGGCAUAUGUGUAGCCAACCACACAUCUCCAUUGGAUGUCCUAAUUCUGGCCAGUGAUGGAUGCUACUCCUUGGUUGGCCAGGUACAUGGAGGGCUUAUGGGACUUAUUCAAAAAUCCUGCAUGCAAACCUCUCAGCAUGUCUUGUUUGAACGCUCGGAAAUGAAAGACCGUCACCUGGUGAGGAAAAAAAUCAGAGAACACAUUGCAGAUAAGGCCAAGUUACCCAUUUUAAUUUUCCCAGAAGGCACCUGCAUUAACAACACAUCGGUAAUGAUGUUUAAGAAGGGAAGCUUUGAGGUAGGAGGAACCAUCCAUCCAGUAGCAAUCAAGUAUGACCCCCGCUUCGGAGAUGCCUUCUGGAACAGCACAAAACAUUCCAUGAUGACCUAUGCUUUUAAUGUGUUAACCAGCUGGGCUAUUGUCUGCAAUGUGUGGUACCUGCCACCAAUGGUCAAAGAGGAAGAAGAAGAUGCUGUUCACUUUGCUGACAGAGUCAAGGCUGUAAUUGCUGCUCGGGCAGGAAUGUCUGUGCUUCCUUGGGACGGGGGACUGAAAAGGAAAAAGGUGAAAGAGUCUUUCAAGGAAGAGCAACAGAAAAAAUAUUGCCAGAUAGUAAUAGAAAAUGGGUCUGUGGGAAACAGAAAUGUUUGUUAA